AUGACGUCCGCGGCGCGCGAUAGCUCGUCCUACCGCGCCGCGCUCGUCGCCGCCGCCGCGGAGGGCGACGCGGAGACCCUCCGCGCCCUCCUCGCGACCGCCCCACCGUCGGACGUCACCCCCGCGCUCGCGCGAACGUUCGCGAAUCUGGCGCUGAGUCGCGCGGUCGCGAACGGACAUCCCGACGCGUGCGUCGCGCUCCUCGACGCUCCCGGCGGCGCGUCGCACUCCGCGCCGAACGCGAGCGGGAACACGCCGCUGCACGUCGCGGCGGAGAGGGGGCACGGGCGCGUCCUCGCCGUGCUCCUCGCCCGCGGCGCGUGCGUGUCGGCGAGGAACGCGGAGGGGAAGACGCCGAUCGCGUUGGCGAAGGACGCGUCGACCAAGGCGGCGAUAUCGCGCGAGGUGACGCGGCGGAAGUGCGCGAGCGCGAGCGCGAACGCGAACGCGUCGUCGGAGCGCGGCGGCGUAUGCGGCGGCGAGGGAGGGGGGAGGACGCCGGGGAGGCGACGAAUCGGGUCCGGGAGCGCUUCGUCCCCCGCGCGCGUCGCGCCGUCGCCGCGCGGCGUCGCGCGAUUGAUGAGGACGCCCCUCGAUCGCGUCGCCGCGACCGCGAGCGCCGCCGCGACGCCUAACUCCCCCCCUUUCUCGCCCGGGAUCGAGCGCAUCAAAGACAAACUCCGCGAGGACCUGACGUGCGCGGUGUGCCUUCGAGACUUUUGCAGCGAGGGCGCGGGGUCGUCGCCCGUCACGCUGCCGUGCGGGCACAAUUUUUGCCGCGACUGCGUGGGCGGCAUGCGCGGGUCGGGGGACGCCGCGAGGGCGUUCAAGUGCCCGUUAGACCGGACGAUGUUCUCCAGGAACUUGGAGCUCCGCGUGAACGGCGCGCUGAGGGAUCUGAUCUCGUUCAUGGGGUACAGAGUGCGAGGCGGCGGAGGAGGAGGAGGAGGAGGAGGAGGAGGAGGCGGGACGCGAACGCGAUCGCAAACGCCGCCGGGGAAAUGCUCGAGCGCGAGCGCUCUCGUCACUCCGGAAGCCGCGGGGGGCCGGCGACGCUCGGGGCUCGCUGGGGGGUUCCAGGGCGACGACAAGGAGAACAACGCGUCCUCGCGCGGCGUCGGCGGGGGCAGCCCCGCGACGCCGACGACCGCGCGGGGGAUGCGCGCGCGACGGCGGGGCGGCGGGUCGCCGCUCGCGGGGGCGUAG